GGGAAGCAGGAAGCGUCGCUUGGCUAAGGAGCUGAGAUCAGCUGAGCUGUCGCCGAAGGAAGUCGGGGACGGAACUGGAGGCGACUGGGCGGGCAGGGCGCCUUACUGUCUUCACCAUGAGUCAAAGGAGUGCAGAGGGCUGGGUCAGUUCUGUCACCUCUUUCCGUCUGUGCCCCACAGCCUUCCUUUCUGCCUAUGGGGCCAGCGACACCUUUGUAGCUGACCUGUUACAGGAGCUGCACAAUGAAAAGCUGGGGGAGCAGAUCAAGGUCUCCAUGUUGUCACUCCUCCUGGAAUAUCCCACUCUGUUAUGCCCAGAUGCCAAGGUGGGGCAAGAGGCCGUGGCGUCCUUGCUGUCUCUUUUUACCCAGCUGGGCUCCUCACCCAAACUGCUGUCUCUGCGAUGCCACCUGCUUUUCACAAUGGGGACAGUGCUGUUGGCCACGGAGGCCUUUGGCGAAGGCUGCCAGACUUCCCACGAAUACCUCUCCCUGCUGUUCCACCUGGCUUCAGACCUUAAUGACCGGCAUGGAGGACUUGCGGAGAGACCCAUCCGGGUAGCCGCCUGUGAGUGCCUGAGAGAGGUGGAAUGUUGCCACCCUGGCUUGCUGUCGCGGCGCUUGGAGACCCUUCGUUCCUUGCAGCAGCAGGAGGCCUCUUCGGCCCAUCAGGGGUACACCUUGCUGUAUAGCUUGGCUCUGCGGAACGCAAUCUUGCUGCUUGCGCGGGGUAACCAGGGAAGCCUGGUGGAGCUUCUGGCAGGCAGCGAGGGCCUGGUCUGGGGAGCUACGAAGGAGCUGGGUGAGCUUUCCGUGGCCGCUCUCGACCAGCUGCUCCUCAUGCCCUCGUCCGGCGACCUCAAGGAGUUGAAAUCGGUGGUCUCGUCUCUGCUGGACAGCUCCUACCUUUUGUCCCCAGCAGCUCAAAGCCACCUCCUGUGGCACUUGGCCCAAGCCGUGAGCGUCGUGCGCACCCAGUCUCCCGCCAUCUUCAAAGCCCAGCUGGUGCGCCUCUUUGGCACCUCUGACGUGGCGCUGCUGCAUGCCAUCCUGCAGCUCAAGUCUCUCUUCACAGACAGCCUCUUCACGGCCGAAGACGAGGCUUUCUUGCUGCGCCGCCUCGUGGGCAUGGCCCAACACCCGGCGUUGCCCACCCCAGUGAAACUCUUCCACCUGGACUGCCUCUUGCAUUUCCCCGAGAACAGGCCGCUGGGCUCGGGCACAGAAGAGGCUCUGCCAGUUUUGCUGACUCCUCGUACAAUCUCUGGCCUCUUCCCUGGCCUCUUCCAGGACCAGGGCACCAUCUUGGCACGGCUGAAUUUGCUGUGCUUGGUGUGCAUGGAGAGCGAGGGGCCUGCCGCCGAACAAGGGGUGAGCUACCUUUUGGAGCAUGUGCUGGCCCUUGGGGGGUUGGUGGCUGGGAAAGGCGGGCAGGAGGCCUCCCGGCUCUUUUUCCGAGCAGCGCUCCUUUUUUCCCGGUAUUUCGGCUCACGGGCACAGCCCAUGGCAGAGUUGACCCACUGCCUCUUGGAUCUCUACCGUCAGAACUGCCGUCUGGCACCGAACGUCAUCAACCUUUUGGAUGAAGUCUGGGCAGUGACGGAAGAGCCCAGCUGGGCCGGCUCUUUUGCUCACGACUUGCAAGACCUGAUUGUGGGACUGCCCUUGCAAGAGAAGGAGCUGAGCUGGCAUCUCAAAGUCUUGGCCAGAUUGGCCAAGGAGAAGGACAUUCCCCAAAGGAAGACCAUGUGGCUCCUGAGACGCCUGGUUGCCUUGGACCAACUUGGGGACUGGCGCUCGGGACAAAUUCUCCUGAGCAUCUGCCGCAAUUUGAUGCAGCUUCAACCGCUGCCUGCUCCAUACCAACUGGCCGACCUUUUGCAGGCCGUCUCCCUCUGCCAUGUCGAUGUAGACAUCCGAGACAGGGCUCGUUUCUACUACACCCUGCUGGCCAGCCUCUCUGAUGAUAAACUCGGGGCUGUGCUGGCUCCGCAGGGCCCCAGCAAGGCCCGGACGCUCUCCUCUUCCAUUGUGGCCGACAGCGAGAGCUUUGUGGCAUCUCUAACAGUGCACCCGGCUGUGCAAGCCCCCAUGCGGUUGGAGAGGGUCGGAAAGAGCAGUGACAUGGCUGCCGUUCCCCACUUUGUGCAAGACGUGGACAGCUAUUGCCAGUGGUUGCUGGAGCCGCGGCCCCCCUCGCACCUCAACCUGACGUACCAGCUGGUCCACUCAGAUCCCUCUAGUCCCCCUUGUGACCUCUUGCUCUGCGUGGUGCUGCGUUUUGUGUGCUCUGACCGGCAUUAUGAGCCUGUGCCAGAACUGUGCGUGCCCUGCCUCUCGGCACGCCGCCCACCCCAGACUGUGACCCUGACACUGCAGCCUCGUUGUCCCUACCCCACGCAGGUCAACGUCUUUGCUGUGUACACAACGCAGAAGGGUCUCACCCACGGCAGCCAGCUGGAACCACUGGAGGUAGCUUUCCCUGAUCUCUUUUUGCCUCUGAAGUUGCCAGCCUGGUCCCUUGAGAAGCGGCACCACCUUUUUGGCGCUCUUUGGCACCAGCUUCAUCCGGACGGCAAUGAGGCCUGUGCCGAGAGCCUUGUCUGCUGGCCUGUGCCCCCCCAGUCCCUGGGGUGCUUGGUGCAGGAUCAUUUUGCCACGUACAUUCUAGCUGAACAGUCGGGCUUGUACGAGAUCGGCAUGGCGCUGCCGCCACAGUAUCACAUUCUGCUGCAAGUGCAGAGCGUUAAAGACGCCGCCCGCGUGAGCAUCCGGACAGACAACUGGAAACUCUUGCCUUCCCUGAACAGCUACUUGCUGGGUCUUGUGGAGGCCGGGUGAGCGGGAAGAGGGACUGUUGGGACUCAUUUCGGGGUGUGCGUGUGAAAAAAUAAAAAUCUUUUUGCAAGUCA